AUGACAGCUCCAUCAUCAAAUGAACCAACAAUAAUAACUUCGACGACAUUUGAUGCUAUCAGUAAAUCCCGAAUACGCCGUCAAAAAGCAAAUACACGAGAACGAAAUCGUAUGCAUGGAUUAAAUAGGGCAUUGGACAAAUUACGUCAACGUGUUCCGAUAACAACUCAACAUCAAAAGCUUUCCAAAAUUGAAACAUUACGAUUAGCAAG